CUCUCGUCUGAUGCAUAUCCUGGAGGCGCCAGAGUUUUAGAGGGUCGCCGGAAAAUGCUGGUCGCCAGAGAUUAAUUGAGCCAAAUAAUAAACAAUUGCAGUUAAAUAGUAACUUCUAUCUCAUUAAUUCGCAUUCUCUAUCUCAUUAAUUCCCCCUUUAUUCUUAAUUAUUUUUCAAACAUUCAAAAUAACUCUGUAAUUUCCUUUACAAAAAAUACUCUGUAAAGAAAAUUACCCGAUUCUUUCUUUCCCCAAAUCUACUGACAUCCAAUUCACCUUCCCUUUUACUCCCGACGUUUCCGGCAUUAUAUUCGCAAAUCCCAUAUACCGAAUCCCCUUCCUCUAUUUUCUUCCGCAACGAUUCCUCCGACCUCCGCCAUCUUCAUCCAUUUUCUUCCACCACCUUCUGCGUUCGGACGGGGUCCGACGUCUCCGUUCGGACGGGGUCCGAGGUCGGCCUGCGGACGCGGUCCGACGAUAGCGUUGGGACAGGGUCCGACGUUGAUAUUCUAACGGGGAAGCGCGGUCCGAAGUCGGAGUUGGGACGGAGAUGCCAGAGCUGAGGUCAGCCUUCGGACCAGUAGACGGCGUCGGACCAGGCGCAUGCGUCGUCUUCAGAGGCCUUCCCACCGUUGGACCAUUCCUCUGGUAGUCGAAAACUCGUCAUUUUGGCCGUAAAAUUUUGUUAGCAAAAUUAAAAUUUUCUGCCUCUUUGUGCUGAAUGCUGAUUGGGAUUAUGUUUUGCUAAAUUAUUUGUUAGAAAAAUAAAGAAGGGCAAAAUCGAUUUUUUUACAAAUUUUGUGAGCGGCAAAUAAUAAAAUCUUGCACGGCAAAUAACAACCUUCUAAUUAAUUCACUCCCCACAAUUCAUACUUGCAAGUUCCAAUCCAUCGACUAGUUCAAAAGCAUUUACAAAGUUGGGGGCAUCAUCAUAUCUCCUUUCCAAUUGAGGAAUGACUCACCGAUUAUUAUUUACAUGUCAUCCGAAGGUCAGAUACGUCAUGUUAAUUGAACCCGAAGUUAAGUUAAAAAAAAUACAAUGAGCUAUGAGUUUAUUGAUAAUUAUUUUGUAAUUUGAGUAAAUUGUUUUUUUUAUAAUUUGAAGUAAAAUCACAAGGUUAACUCAAAUUUUAGGCAAUAGGUAAGGUGUUAACAUAAUUAUUGAGGAUAUUAUGAUAACUAUUGUACAUAGUAGUUACUCACUACUUCCUCCCUUCCAAUUUUUCCACCCCUUUCAUCUCAUCUCCUACCCCUCAGCUUCCUCCUGUGUAAAAAAAAAACAACCGCUUGUAUAAAAAAUUAUUUCAUUAUUAAAUUUUUUUAUUAGUUGUCGUCCUUUAUAACAUCUACUGUUUGCUUCGUGAGGUUUCUCGUCUUUUUGAUCUGCUUCAUAAUACUUUUUGUUUGUUUCAUGAGGUUUUUGGUCUUCUUCAGUGAACUUGUGGUAUACUUUAUGAUGUUUCUAGUACUCUUCAUGGAACAUGUGGUAUGCUUUUAUGAGGUUUCUAUUAUGCUUUAGAGAACUUGUGAUAUGCUUUAUGAGGUUUAUGGUCUAUUUGAAGGAAUUUAUGUUCUGUUUUAUAAGAUUUUUUUUGUAUUCUUUAAUAAACUUGUGAUAUGCUUGAGUUUAUUGGUAUGUUUUAUGAAUUUUAUGGUGUGGUGAUGUUCUAGUAUACUUUAUAAGCUUUCUGGUUUACUUUAUGUUAUUUGUGGUAUAGUCAGUUGCGUUUCUGGUCUUGUGGUGAGGCACGAGACGUGCUAUAAAUAAGAAGUGUAACACAGGUGUGCCCCUAUAAAUUUUUAAUGAUAACAAGUGUGCCCUUUCCUUUAAACAUUCGUGUAAAUUAUUAUUGAGCCCUUGAAACAAAAAAGUUAUUAAACGAAAUGUCCUUUUCACUAGAGCUAGUGUUAACACCAAGUUAACAAAUUGGGUGUUAGCACCCUAAUCUGUGUCCAAAAUUUAACCCAAAGAGCAUAAUGUACGUAAAAGGAAAAAGUUUCUAUUUAUAAUCUCCUUAGAGUUUGGAGUUCAUUUUGUUCUGGUUAAAUUGUAAGUUUGGUUACUAAGGUUACAAAAUUGUUUUACGUUUGUCACUAAAAAUAUUUUAAUAUAUUUUUUGUCACUAAUAUUAGUUCAAUAGUCCAAAUUUGGUCUCUUCUUCCGUUAGAGUCCACUAACAACGCAAGUUUUACUAUGAUGUGGCUAACAAAACUGACAAGUCACCCAAAUGUAACUCGCCACAUCACAAAAUCCGAUAUUUCACUGGACAAAAACAUCCUCAAUCUAGAAUACGAAGAAGAAAAAAUAAGAAUUUUUCAAAAUAUAUUAGUUGGCCCCCGGGCAUUCAGUCUGCUCAGAAAAGUAAUAAGCGAACUUGUCUGCUCACAUGCUUUUAAAUAACUAGUUUCGUAGAGGAUGGUGUAUAAAUAAGAAAUCAAAUAGACUAAACUUGGUUUGACCGACACCAUCAAUGAUAUGACGGUCAAAGCGCCCAUUGAUGGAUGGAUUGCUGUCAUGGGAAGUACUAUGGUGCAAUAGUCCUUUUAGCUUUAUGGACUUUUGUGUGUUAGCACCCUAAUCUCUGUCCAAAGUUUAACCCAACUCUUUGGGAAAGGCUCUUGAAAAGUCUUUACUUCCCUCGCACCAAUUUCCUCUAUGCUAGGAAAGGAAGCAUACCAUCCUGGAUCUGGGCUAGCCUCUGGGAUUCAAGAAAGCAUCUCGAGCAGACAUCGCCAGGGUCAUCAUAAGUGGAAAGUCAACCAGAAAAUUCAAAGACCCGUGGAUUCCGUCGCUUCAGGGCCACAAGAUUAUCAACAGUUAAAAUGAUAAUUCAAUGGUCGAAGACUAGAUUGAUCAGACUUCUCGGCAAUGGAACCUGCUGUUACUUGAACAGGUUAUGAGUCCCCAAGAUCAUCAAGCUAUCUCAAGCAUUCCUAUUGGCCUUCCAACGGACGAUGAUUUUUGGGCUUGGAGAUUCUCCCUCAAUGGGGAUUUCACGGUCCGGUCUGUUUAUCAUGCCUAUCAUGAUCAGUCCAGAGCUUUUGGACAAGAAGGAAACGUGGUGACAUCGGAAGAGAAAGAAAAAUGGAAGUGGUUUUGGAAUCUCUCCCUCCCUCCAAAACUGAAAUCCUUUGUGUAGAGAUGUGCUAAGGGUGCUCUCUGGCGACUAAGACAAGACUGUUUGGCAGACGAUGCUCGCCUAAUGUUGAUUGCCCGAUAUGCGGGAACCAUGUAGAGUCAAUCAACCACUGUUUUUUUUUUGUGCCAGCAUGCCCUUGAUGUAUGGACCAAUCUUUUCCCUUCUAUAGCCACCCCUCCGCCGCUGAUUAACCCUCUAGUUUGGCUUUUUUCUCUAAGCCACAGCCUCCCUACGCAUUCGAUCCAAUAGAUGGUGUACCUCGUGUGGCAUGUUUGGAAAAGCAGAAAUGAAAUAGUUUUUCGUGGCAGAAACUUGUGGCCGCCUACGACAUGCUCUAAUGCUCUCUCGGAUCUUGCUCUGUGGUCUUCGUGUUCCAGAAGACAAGCUGUUCUACCUUUUCCUCCCCAGCCCACAGAUUAUCUACCUCAACCUACUCCAACGCCAGGUAAUCUCACAUAUGAGAUUCACUAUGAUGGAUCGUUCAUAAACAAUUCCCAGGAGGCGGCCUUUGGUGUUGUCAUCAUCAACAACCAUGGACAAGUUACGAAUGGAAAGAUGGGAAGUUCCAAUGUGCUACUCCUUUGGAAGCGGAAGCAAAAGCAAUGGUGGAAGGCAUCUCUUUGGCCUGUCAGCUUGGAUCUCACUGCCUUGUCAAGACAGAUAGCUUGAUCAUUACAAAAGCCCUUCAAGCGGCUCCCUCACGUUGGCCUUGGAGAAUCUCUGCAUGGUUAGGUGUCAUGAGGGAUCUUCUCUCACGUCACCCGCUCAUUAGUGUCUCUUAUUUUAAGAGGUCUCUCAAUGUCAAAGUUGAUUGGGUCGCUAGAUCAUGUGCUAGACUCAUGGAUUAGGUGAGAGGGAGAAAGGACAUUAUUCACCAUGCAUUUUGAGGAGGGUUUUGGCCUCACAAAAAAGCUUGGGGGAUUGCAUGCAUAAUAGGCACAUUCAGAUUCUUGGGGAGUUGGGACUACUUCUAGCAUAUAUAGCAUAAUGUAAUUUUGGUGAUCAAUGUGAUGUAUAUGAUUAGAAGGCAUGUCUUCUAUACAUAUAUAUGUCCUUUGGUGAAAGGGAAUUCCUUUGGGGGAGUGGUUGUUAGUAUACAUAUCUAACUUUCUUAUUGAUUUUUCACUUAAUGUGGUAUGUAUGUGUCGAGGAAUUCAUAUUUAGGGACAACUUUAUAUUAGACUUUGAGAUAUUGGAGAUAACCAAACAACUCUAAUGUUUUCAAUACCAAACUGGAAACAGAAUAGGUAAAUUUAAAAGUGCAUAAUCCAACUCCUCUUGGUAACUAAGAAAGGGCAUAGGAACUAGUGGGUUAUAGCACUUUAACCGAUGACUAUCAUGCCAAUCUAUAAGACUCUUUCUAGUUCUUGUAUUUUCCAAGGGUUUAACCACAGGGUUGAUCAUAUCGGUCAAACCAAGUUUAGUCUGUUUGAUUUCUACAUCGACUUCUAGGAAACUAGUUAUUUAAAAGCACACGAGCGGUCAAACUCGAUGAAAUUUGAUCAAGUUCAGGCAACCUUACUAUUUUUCUGAGCGAAUUGAAUGCUCGGGCCAACUAAUAUAUUUAAAAAUAUUCUUCUUUUUUAUUCUUCGUCAUAUAGGCUAAGGAUGUUUUGGCCAACUAAUUCAUUGAUCAUGGCACUAAAAAAUAAAGACAGAUUCCCACGAUGGCCGUGGAGAAUGGACCAGUGCAUAUAUAUAAGCAGGGACUUGGAAAAAAUGUAAACGAACUAUUGCAAUGCUCAUUGUUCAUGUGAAGAAUUAUUGCAAAGCUAAUUGUUUAUUUGCUAAAGAGUCAAUUACCGGCUUGACUCUAGGGUCGUUAAUAAGAUAGUCUAUUACAAUAUUUUUCAAAAAUAAAUUAAGGCGUGGUGAUCAUUCUUCUAUUUAUAAGCUUUUGGUAUAUGCAUACGUCUUUCUUAAUUUUGAGUUUCUAAAAAUAUUGAAAAUGAAUAUAAAUGUAUUGAAUUUAGAAUUUUCUCUUUGGCAAAUCCGCUGUGAAAUUCUUUUCUACUUCAAAAAUUGCCAAUAUAUGUUUACAUCUUCUAGACAAAAAUGUUCAAUUUUCAUAAGGUUUUCUUAACUGUUAUUCAAAAGGUCCAAUAAUGUAUGUAUAUUAGAUCUUUUGAGGCAAUUAUAGAUCUUAGGAGUCAAUUCUAAUUGGUCAAUAAAAAUCGAUUUUAAUGCUAUUUAUUUUUUAUUAGUUUAGGCAAUUUAGUAUGAAAAAUAAAAAGGGGUAUAGUAAUCCUAUGUUGAUUUUUAUAAUGUAAGCUCCCUUUUUCCGCAUGUAAAAAAGAAAUAAAUAAAUCAAUCAAAUUCCG